GUACUUCGCGAGAGUGCGGUCUCAAGCUUGACUAGAAACUGUCUGACAUGCCGCUCAAACCGGCGCCCUCGGGGAUUGUGCCACAGUUGUCGUAGUCACUCCGUAUCAAAUAUGUCCUUCAGUUGCUUCGUCCACCUUUUCUUCUCGCAAGCCGGCAUUGCACACAUCUUUCGGCUAUUGUGUUGGCACUCCUUCGACUUAUCAGAAUGAGUCCAAUGAACGUAGCUUCACCAUCGAUAAUGAGCGCUGCAGAGUCGCGGCUGAUCAACACUCUGUACACAACGAUUGCUGGUCUUCACACCUCGCCACCGCCGGCAGACGUACUUCCAUCCCAGAACCUCCUGUCUGAAGCACGUGCAAGUCUCAAAAGUGAGCUAUCAGACGAUGGCAUUGGUCUUGAACACGCGAUCCGUCACCUGGCCGAUGACCUUGCACCAGCACUCAACGCUUCUUCGCGCUCAGCAAAUUACUACGGGUUCGUCACGGGCGGCUGCACACCCGCAGCCUCUCUUGCUGACAAUCUCGUCACGUAUUUCGAUCAGAAUGUCCAGGUUCAUCUACCUAAUGAGACAAUCGCGACAGAGAUAGAAGACAGUGCCCUCGUUCUGCUCUGCUCUCUUCUGAACUUCUCUCCUUCGCAAUGGCCCCAUCGCACUUUUACCACUGGCGCCACAGCAUCAAACAUCCUCGGUCUAGCAUGCGGCCGUGAGUACAUAAUUGCCGAAGCCAGUGCACACCGCACCGAUGCCGAGGUCAGCGUUGGAGAAUGUGGCCUUGGGGAAGCUAUGCGUCUUGCUGGAAUUGAUAAAAUUCAAAUCCUGACCACUGUUCCCCACUCCUCCCUCAGCAAAGCAGCAUCAAUCCUCGGACUAGGUCGAAGUUGCGUCAAGGCGAUCGGUCAACCAGGUGCGCCGCAUAAGUUCGAUAUGGACCAACUCCAAAAACGACUUGCUCGGCCUGGUGUCGCAAGUAUUGUAGCCAUUUCCGCAUCAGAGGUGAACACUGGCCUUUUCGCAACCUCUUCUUCUAAGGAAAUGCAAUCGAUCCGGCAGCUGUGUGAUAUGUACGGCGCUUGGAUACAUGUUGACGGCGCCUUCGGCAUCCUUGCUCGCAUUCUUCCCUCCUCUCCACAAUACCAGGCUAUCAAAGAAUGUGCAGCAGGUCUUGAGCUCGCAGACAGUAUCACAGGUGAUGGGCAUAAAUUGCUCAAUGUUCCAUACGACUGUGGUUUCUUUCUCUCUCGGCACCAUACACUGGCUGAACGCGUUUUCAAAAACCCAAACGCCGCCUAUCUUGCGGCUGGAGCGAGAGAUGGGGUGCUGAGUCCGCUCAACAUUGGGUUGGAAAAUUCAAGGCGCUUUCGAGCAUUGCCGGUGUACGCCAGUCUCAUUGCGUACGGGAAAUCUGGAUACAGAGAAAUGCUGGAACGCCAGAUUGCACUUUCACGUGGAAUUGCAGAGUAUAUCCAUGAAAGCGAGGACCUUGAGCUCUUGCCUCGAUCCGAGGGCUUUGUGAAGGAGUAUCUGAGCAGUAUCUACAUCAUAGUGCUUUUCAGAGCGAAGGACGGCGACCUGAACGAGCAGUUGGUCACUAAAAUCAAAGAAAGCAGGAAGGUCUAUGUUAGCGGGACAAGCUGGGAAGGUAGGCCUGCAUGCCGGUUCGCGGUAUCCAACUGGAUGGUGGAUGUCGAGAGAGAUCUGCCAAUCAUCAAGCAGAUAUUGCAUGAGGCUGUUCGAGUUCAGACCACGUUGGACCCUGUCGUUGAACCUACUUCAUCGUGCUCAGGACCUGUCGACGUCGUUUAGAUUUGAUACAUCAAUAAACUUCUCGUAAGAGUGUGAAGCUAUCGAUUCUUCGUUUCAGAUGAAUGGUCGCCAAGCCUGCAAAAUAUUAUCGAUUUGUACCUUGUAGAGUUCGAUAAGGUUCGCUUGGUAUCGUGUGCUCGGCGACAUUUCAUCAAGAAGGAGCGAUUUUGAAGAAGACGUUCAGCAGGGCCGUCGAGUAGGCUCGGAUCACUAACAAAUCUUUAGCAAAGAGAUGUCAUGAUUCUGGUACCUGACUUGCAGUAUGCAUAUGGAAGGAGAAUUCCGUAGCACCACAUGAGAGAGGCUCUCGGGGUUCAGGAAAAACGGUAGAUAAGCUACCUUUAAGCUAGCCAAUUUUGUUACCAAACUUACAGCUACAAUAAUACCUAAAGCAAAAAUUUGUUUAAAGGUUACCUAUAUUGUAGACAACAAAGUGUU